UUUAAACACUACUUUCUGGCCUCUGCUGGGGUGACCCAGUGCUGGCCGGCAAGAGUAUACACACUAACCAGAAUGGGCGAAGACCGUUGGAAUGGAUCUUCGCCGAGCUCAUUUGGCAUCUCCGGCCUGCAAAGAGGAUUUUUUUCUCUCCUUCUAUACACAUCUUCACAUGGAUGUUCUAAAUCUCGGUGAUCUCUCUUCUAUGAAAUUAUGAGAUUCUUAUCUUCGUGGCCAUGUCUUCUCUUCUCGCUCUAUACCCCCGUAUAGUUGGCGAGACGGCCACCUGACUAACAAACAACUUUACUAACCCGUGGACGGCCACUCACCAUGACAAAAGAUUCAGCCAGGACGUUUCCAUCCCAUUUAAGUGAUGAAUGGACAAGAAACACAUAACCUCCUGAAGCAUUUUCUGGACGAUUUAAAAAACAGUGAACACGCAAAGCCAGAAACAGGACGGUGUACGUUACAGUAUGAACAGUGUAUUGAUGAUUACGGUCCGCUCUCGAACCCAUUGGCCGCAGGACCACCGCCGGGUGAAUUACUUAUCAUACAGGGUAUUGUCUGGUAUCGCAGCCACCCAGCUGGGCCAUUUCUGACCGUGAUGACGGGAACGGGUCUCUUUGUAUUUUUGUAUUUUUCCCUCUUUUCUCUCCACUUCGCCCUUCCAUCCCUAACUGCCUUUGCUUGCUGCCAAAAGUAUACGCCAUCCGAUCGCAAGUCGGGAAUUUGAGUGAUCCAACCUUGUCGAUGGGUUGGAAAAACCACACGACAUGAACGCUUGGCUCGCCGACGCCUCGACCAUUCCUGGCCAGGAAAACGGCGCAUUCAAUCCCUCUACUAUCGACCCCUCAGCCGCCUUUCUCCAUGCCUCUCCCACCCCCCAGGACCCCAAUCAGUUCCAGCGCAUGUUCAAUGGCGUGCCAAGGAAUGCCUCCCCGGGUUUCCACAACCCGAACCAGGUAAUCCCAUCAAAGCGACCACGGCCAGAAGAUGGAAUGCCUAUGUCACCGCGCCCUGCCCCCGGUGCGGGUGUCACUGGGUCGCGAUCGCAGACUCCCCAUCAAGUACCGUUCCCCGGCUAUCAAGGCCCCGCAAAUGGCGCCCAGUUCCCUCAACAUCCGACACCCUAUCAACAUCUCCAACAAGGUGCCUCACCCAAUGUGGCCCAGUCGCCUAUCAUCCAAGACUUUGAACAACAAAGUGUACGCAUGGGAACUACCUCACCAAGCCCGUAUUCGCCGGCUGGUCCGCACGUGGGUGGCCCUCACAUGUCACCCUCGCAAUCGGAUGGCAGCCGUGUGAACACCCCGCAGAAUGGCCAAUUUAUGCCCGGGCAGGCAUUCCCUCAGUCCAUGAACCCGCAAUUUCAACAGGGACCUGGCAUGACUUCGGCGGGACAGCAAUCUCCGAUGCAGGCACAACAAUUUAAUGGGAUGCAGCAGGUGCCCCAGGGCUAUCACCAAGCCAUUGCGGCUCAGCAACAGCGGCUUCGCCAAAUGCAAAUGCAGCAGAGCCAACAAAUGAGUGCCAACCCUCAAAUGGCCGGUCGCCCCCAAGUACCUGGUGGUAUGAACCCCAUGGCGAAUCCUCAGCAAAUGGCUGCUCUUCGCCAGAUGCAGCAGCAGCAACAACAGCAGCAGCAGCAGCAAAGUAUGGGCAAGCCUAAUAAUCCGGAGAUGUUUAUGAGAACGUUACAAAAAUUCAUGAUGUCACGAAACCUGCCUUUGGAUCCCAACCCUAUCAUCAGUGGCCGUCCCAUCAAUGUCAUGCAGUUGUAUGGAACGGUUAUGAAAAUGGGCGGGUCCAAGAAAGUGACCGCAAUGAACUUAUGGCCGAUGGUUGCACAGCAACUCCAAUUCCCUCAAGUCCAGUUCCCCAUGGCCGCACAGGAAGUUCGGGAAUAUCACCAGAGGAACCUGGCUCCUUACGAGCAGGCAUACUUCCAAUCUCAAUCCAAACAGUUUGCUGAGAUGCAGCAACAACAACAACAGCAACAGCAGCAACAGCAGCAACAGCAGCAACAGCAGCAGCAGCAGCAGCAGCAGCAGCAGCAGCAACAACAGCAGCAGCAACAGCAGCAACAGCAACAGCAACAGCAGCAACAGCAACAGCAGCAGCAGCAUCAACAACAUCAACAACAUCAGCAGCAUCAGCAACACCACCAACAGCAGCAACCGCCACCGCAUCAGCAGCAGCAGCAACACCCAGUUGGGAUUCCCCGUCAGCCUAACGAUCCAUCCGCGAUUCAAUUCCAGUCUCCGCAAGUCAAACCGGGCCAGGGAUUCGAGCAACCCCAACCACAAAUUCCGCACACCCCUCAACAUAGCACCCCCGUCUCCAAUAAUGCCCAGGCUACCCCGGCCAAUGGGUUUGCCACACCCACUCAGGCCCGAAGCCAGAGCAAACCACCUCAACAGGGCCAUCGGCUCAGUGUCUCACGGCAGUCCCAGCCACCUGCUCCCCCACCAGAUGCUGCGGGACAGUUCGCUGCACCUUCUCCAUCUCAGCAAGGGAAGUCUUCUAUGACUCCAGUCCAGCAACCGGUGCAAGCUCCGGAACCUAAGCCGGAUCAAGUAGUCAAGCGGCCGAUUGAAGACCCCUUCAAACCCAUGGUCAUCACCGAGCAGCGACUGCAUGGACCUAUUCAAGUGGACGAAAUGUACCAACUUGGCGAGGAGAUUCUCACGCUCAGGCCCACUUUCCCAAGCUUCUCAGAAAUGGGUCUGAUAGAUAUCCAUGCAGUGACCAUGAGCUUGAAGUCCGGCAUUCAUGCAGAAGUUCGACUUGCUUUGGACACACUCACUACUCUUUCCUGCCAGCAUGGCGUUCAGGUCUCCCUCGAGAAUGCCGAGGAACUGAUGGAGAGCUUGGUGGAUUGUGCUGAUGAUCAAGCCGACUUCCUGGCCGAACAUUCUCAAGAAGCCUCCGAUGUGAUAUCUCUGCGUUCAUAUGAAGACGUCACUCGGGGUUGUCAGUCCGAACACACAUCGCUUGCCGAUGUGCAUGAAUUCGGGAGCCUUGAAUACGAGCUGGACCGUGCCGUAGAUCGAUUGAUAUGCAUCACGACCAUUCUUCGGAACCUUUCGUUUACUGAGCCCAACUUUGGGCCAUUAGGAAUGCCUGCCGUGACCCAAUGUUUUGCGAACGUCGUCCGAAACAUCGGUACUCGCACCAGGUAUCUGCGAACUGACCAAAACCUGUUGGACUUUAUGAAAGAUGCUGUCAUUUUCAUGAGCAACUUGGCCCACGUCAUGCAAAUACCUGGGAAAGAUGAAGCCCUCAGUCUAUUGCACUUCCUCCUGGCAUUUUCGCCUUUGCCUGGCCCCAUAGCUGUGAAGUCGGGCCAGAUUAUGUUUGCGGCGUUCAAUCCUUCGAUCCACCGGUAUACCUCUUCUGCUGUGGAUGCCCUGGCUAAGCUGUUGGCAAGAGAUGACCCGAACCGUAUCUAUCUCGGUGCCAUUUUCUCUGGGGACGGAUCUGCACCUCCGCAACCCGAGCUUCUCACGCGCACAUUCGGUCUUGCCAUCUGCGCUGUUCCGGACAAGAAACCUCUGGCAGUUGCGGAUGCCCGCAUGGUUCUCCUUAUGCAGGGUCUUCUGGCAGCUGACGUUCUGACCACCUUUGCCGAUGGAGCUUUGGCCAAGCUCUGGCUUGGUUCUGUCGACGGAUUUGCCAUUCACCUCUUGCGCAUUUCCUGUUUGUUAUGCACGGAGCGUCUCCCGAACAUCAAUCCGCGUUCAAGCCGCCAGGCCGAAGCCGAAGCCUAUGCAUAUAGCUCGAUUAUCCAUCGCGGACUUGCCAUCCUGCGCCGACUCGCCGAAAAGUCCAAGCAAGUGGACAACCCAUCCCCCCUCCAUCUUCCCUCCGGUAUCCUCCCCAGCAAAGAGAGCUUGCUUGGCGCCCUGCUUCUUGCGAACAUGGACCCCACCAUCAUCCGUCAGCUCCUCACAUAUGCCAAUCUAGCAGAGUAAAGGCCGACGAGGCGUUCUUUUCUUUUUGCAUCACGCCUCGCCCUCUCAAUGUGUUGUGUUCCAAGGACAUUGGAUUUGGUGACCACCACGCGAGGCGAGGCGUUGGAAACGAGUUGAUUUGCCGCGUGUCUGCAGCAUAUACGAGAAUUUUUCUGAAUUUCUAUCAUGUCAUUUGUACUCAUGUCUCCAAGCCAGCCAAUUUUAACUUGUCUUUGCUGCCGGUCGUUUGGUCGAGUCGGGUCUGGGUCGGCUCAACCUUUUGUUUCUUGCCUAUGGAUGGGUUCUUCUCUUUUGGGCGCCGGUGGAUAUCGGGGGGUUCUUAUUUCCUUUUCUGUCCCUUUCUCUGAUUACGGGUUUUUUGACCACUUGACUUCUAUUGUGAGAUAGCGUGUUCGUGUCUUCUCUUUCUGUGUACAAUGCUCAAAAUACCCUCGGCUGAAUGCGAGAGAUUGAGGUUCAUUUGAUGGGUCAUGCCCAAAUGGAAUACGUAAGCGGUCC